AUGCCGUCCCUGCUGUACUAUCGCUGCUGCCACUCCUAUCAAUUCGCUCCACGGCCAACCUGGAAGGCGUCCUCGUCCAAAUACCCGAUUGACGGGGGCAUCCCGUGCGGCGGAGAGGGCAGAGCGGCGCAGCCGGUAAACUCGCCGCUAGUCCCUGAUGGAUCCAUCCAACCGGUGACCACGUCCGCGCCGAUCACUGGUUCCGCCGCGCUCGCCGGGGAGAUGAGAGAAUUGAGGUGA